UUCCAGAUAUUUGGUGAAGCAGUUUUUACGUAAGCAUGUCUGAUCAGUGGGUAACUGAAGCAAAUGACGUCAUUGGCGGUUAUGAUGAACCAUUAGGUCAAUCGGAGGCACCAGAAGUGAAACUUUUUGGUAAAUGGUCGUUGGACGAAGUUCACAUUUCCGAUAUUUCUUUAGUGGAUUAUAUAGCCGUAAAAGGGAAAUCAGCAAAAUAUCUACCGCAUAGUGCUGGUAGAUAUCAAGUGAAACGUUUUCGUAAAGCAACGUGCCCAUUGGUAGAAAGACUUGCAUCAACAAUGAUGAUGCAUGGCCGGAACAAUGGCAAGAAACUGAUGACUGUGCGUAUUGUGAAACAUGCUUUCGAAAUAAUUCAUCUGUUAUCCGGAGAGAAUCCUGUGCAAGUGCUUGUUCAUGCUGUAAUAAAUAGUGGACCGAGGGAAGAUUCAACACGUAUUGGUCGUGCAGGUACAGUUAGGCGGCAAGCUGUCGAUGUGUCACCUCUUCGUCGUGUAAAUCAGGCUAUUUGGCUGCUCUGUACUGGUGCACGUGAAGCAGCAUUCCGUAAUAUCAAAUCAAUUGCGGAAUGUUUGGCAGACGAGUUGAUUAAUGCAGCAAAGGGAUCGUCGAAUUCCUAUGCAAUCAAAAAGAAAGACGAAUUGGAGCGUGUAGCGAAGUCAAAUCGUUGAGUCACGUGUUUUGUUGGAUUCGUUAUUCUGUUUGUCGGAUGGAACAAGCGUUUAUAUUAUAUUAUUAAACAAGUGUUGUUUGUUAUAAAAAAAGAUUGUUAUAAAAGGAUAGAAUUUCUUGAUACCACACUGUAUGUAUGCAUGUACACUUGACUUUCAGACUAUAUUUCCUACUUCAUCCCCAUUUGAAAAUAAAG